CGGGGAAAGCAGUGCCUCGGCGGCGCAACAACAGAUUAGUUGCAACGCCUUGGGCACAGCUCCAAGUUCAAGCAUUGUCAGAGUUCUGCUAUUUUCAGCUCCACUUGUCCGACACUUAGCAGUGUGAGCUCGUGGUGAACCAGCACGCAAUGUUCAUUUUGCAUCAGGUCAUUGGCAGUUAUUGGGGUAUUUAGUUUCCCAUUCAAGGGCCGUUAUAAUAAUUUGCGGAGGCACUGCCGCCGACGCAUUGGCCCUGGCUCCAAGCUCCACCUCUUCCUCCUCCUCCUCCUCCUCCUCCUCCUCAUCCUCCUUUUUCCAAAAUUGAUCGCCCCCUCUCGUUUCAUUUUGCGCCCCAAUCGGAGGGGCCAGCGCCACGGACCCCACCUCGGGCCCUGCACACCCCGCCGGCGCGUCAUGACGCGCGCCCAGGGCCCCGCGAGGCGGACGGGGGGGCCUCGCCCCCGCGCCCUGCACGAGCUCGGGACGUUUCUCGGGAUGGCAACGGUGCGAGCCGGCCGGCUUCCCCAGAUUUCUCGAACCACGGAUUUUUCUUCCUCGCAAGAGGGCAGUUGCCCCAGCGGCAUGUCCACAUUUUACGCCCAGGCCGGCGCUUCCGCCGAAUCCAGCCGAGCUCCGACUCCGACGGGGCACGAGGACCUUCUGCAGCGCACACCAAUUAGCGGGUUUCCCCGCCGCCUCGUCGGCGCCCAGUCCGCGCUGGAGUGCUAAUGCCUCCGCUCGUACUGCCUCCUGCCUCCUCCUGCCCGCUCCCCUCCUCUCCCCCUGGAUCCCGCCGAGGUUUUUCUGGGCUGCAGUCUAGCGUCCAAUCAGCCAGUUGAUCUUCCUAGCGCAAAAUCACAAAA